AUUAUAAAUAACAACAUCAAUAUUUAGAAAAACCUUAAAAUUGUUAAGAUUCUUUAUCUUCAUUUACCUACGUAAAUGCUCGUGAGAUGCCCCACUUACCAAAUAUUGGGCGACUCUCUUAUCUCAGCUCGUGAUGGCUGCUUGACUCCCUAACGCGAUACUCCUCAUCUUCAUGCCCGAAGAGAUGGACUCUCGCAUCACUGAGGCCGAGGGGGACGGCUGUUAUGUUGCACUGACGUAUAGCCACCUCAACCUGAACCAGAUCGUGGACAGAGUCCGUAGCCCCCAGGCAGGCGCAAUAGUCAUGUUCGCCGGCACUACCCGAGAUAACUUCGGUGGGAAGCCGGUCAAGGAGCUCCAGUACUCGGCCUACGGCGCUCUGGCCUUGCGCACGAUGCUCUCCAUCUGCGAAGACAUUCGUGAGAAGCACGGCCUGAUAUCGAUAGCCAUGGCCCACCGUCUCGGGACAGUGCCUAUCGGGGAAGAAAGCAUCCUCAUAGCGGUGUCUGCUCCGCAUAGACAGGCUGCGUGGAAAGCCGGCGAGCAGGCCCUCGAGGAAUGCAAAGAGCGCGUCGAGGUCUGGAAGAAGGAGGAAUUCGAGGGCGAAGACGGCGUCUGGAGAGCCAACAGAGACGGCGCUAUGGGUCAGAGGGAAGACACCUCGGGCGAAGCAGUCGGUACGGGUCGAACAUGAUAAGUACGGUCCGUAGGGCCUGCUUCCCUCUUGGAGCCUCUCGAGGCCAGGUUGCUCUCGCAAGGGUGUAUUCCGUAGGCUUAGAACGAUCCCCCUCUAGCCUCCUCUGCCGUUGCACGGGGAAUGAUGGGAUGAGAGAGGUGUUCGAGCAAAUUUCUCGCUGGCCACGACUACGAGGGCAUCAGAAUCGCCCAGCGAUACCACUUUCCUCGAGAAUCAAAUCGAAUCCCCGCCGCAGUCAAACGUAUGCCUACUGAUACUACCACUCGUCGGCCG